AAUUGAAAUUUGAAGCAGGGCAGAGCAAAGAGUGUAGUGUAGUGUUGGAAAAUAUGUAUGUAUAUGUAUAUGCAUAUGCAUAUGUAUGUGUGUAGUGGAGGAUGCGCGUGAAAUAAACAAGACGAAACGACAACGACAAGACGAUCCCCCCCGCCAAGCUGCCAGCGGCUUGAGUUAGCAUGUCUUCCGGCUUGAUGUCGUGUGUGCGUGAGAAUUCGCCACCCCUGGAACUGGAGCUGAGUGCAGCAGCAGCAGGUCCCUUAUCACUGCCAACUGCCAAUGGCAGAUCUCAUGACUAUGCGGGACCAACGACAUCCACACCCAUUGGCAGUCCAGUGGCAGUGGAAGCAAACGAUGGCACAACGGGGCAACAGCAGCAGCAGCAGCAACAGCCAAAACGACGUCGCUCGUUUCAUCCGUUACGGAAUCUGCGUCGCAUAUUUCGACGCCGCACCAUCAACAGCGCGGACAGCGUUCAAGCCGCCGCAGCAGCAGCAGCAGCUGGCGCCGGGACUUGCAACACGCUGCCGCCGCCAACGAGCAGCGCCAGUGAAAAGAAUUUGCGCAGCGUUAGCUCCGCCGCCGCUUCCGCCAACGCCAACGCCGACGCCGUCUCCGCAUCCUCGCCUGCUUCGCCUCUGACCCACCAGCAGCUGCACGACAGCUACGGCACACAGUCGCUGCCCAAGUCCAAGUCCUACGGUGCCCAUCGGGAUGAGCUGCUAAGCGUGCUGCUGGGCAAGAAGCGCGCUAACAAGCAGCAGCAGCUGCAGCAGCAGCACAACGCUGACGCCGAUCCAGACGCCGACGUCAUGUAUCAAACCCAACGACAGCCUCUGGGCGUGGCUGUCUUCCCCGACGCCAUGAGCAUGAGCCGCAGCAGCUACUUUGCCGAGCAUCAUCACCAUCGCCAGCUGCGCAGCAUUGGCGACUCCACGCACGAAGUCAACGGCGCUGCUGGCGGCGCUGCCGACAUAUCCGACAGUCAGCGCAGUCUAAGCGAAGCGCGUCUCCUCGACGUCGAUGGUGAUUACACACGCGAGACUCUGUCCCAGUCACAUGACAGCGUCUUCUCAGAGUCCGCCACAGCCAGCAGCCUGUCCAUAGUGCUCAAGGCUGAGCUGACCGAUGUGCUGCGCAAGCGUCGCAAUCGACCGGAUGCCUCCGACGAGGAUCUGGGUCUGCCACACAGUCCGGUGUCGCCGCAACGUCACGUGGGCGGCGGCGCACAGAGCCGCAAGGCGAAUGCGUAUGCCACACGUGGCGGCCACAACAACGUGCAACAGGAUGUAUCCUCGCUCAGUUUGCUGAGCGUGCACAGCACGGACAACGAGGAUCAGAGUCACAGUCACAGUUACAGUCAGAGCUACAGACAACAGCAGACAACGUCGGCGUCGUCGCGCAUAUCGAGCAGCUCCUCAGUGUCGAUGAGCUCCGAGAUAUUGCGCCAGAAGCCAGCCGAGGAGGAAGUGGACGCAGUGGGUCUGGAGCGCCAGCGACUGUCGCAUGCAGCCGCCAAGCAUAAAAUGGCCAUCAGACCGGUGAAGAAGAAGGGCCCAAGUAGACAGCACAGAAGAACUUUAGAGACUGCCAUACCCGAGGCCAAUGAGCAGGAGCUGCUUAAACUGAGCCAGAGUCCCAGCCUGAAGGCGGUGCAGGAUGUGGAGCUGAAGAGCAAGACGCGCAGCUUGCCAGCGGGCAGCAGCUUGAAGCCAGUUGAGGCAACAACUAAAGUUGCAGCUAGCAGCAGCAGCAGCAGCAACAACACAACAAAGCUAAGCAUCAAUAGCAGCAGCAGCAGCAGCUCGCAUAUGUUCGGACUGCGCUCGUUGACAAUCAAAGCGCCCCAGGGCGAAUCCUCUACAGACGGCGAUGUGCUGACCAGUGCCAGUGAUGCCUCCGAGCCUGGAUUUCUGCGUCGGCUGAUGCAACGCAACUCGAAGCGCAGCAUAGCGCGUGCCAACGACGGACUCGAGGAUGUGGAUCACAGCCAGAGCGUAGCCAAGAAGCUGCAGAUCAGCACCAGCUGCCUGGAGGCCACCACACGCGCUCCAAACAUGCCGCUGCCCAACAAAUCACGCAGCGCCACCAGCCAUGAGCAGCACAUACAAGAGACGCGUCAGCUGAUCAAGCGUGAGAUACACAGCGAGGGCAAGCAGGGACUCCAAGCUAUGGUCAGCAACUAUGGUGUGCAGCCGCAGCCGCCAACGCCGCUGAAGCCCAAGUCGGGACCAGCUGCGCGUCAGCGCUAUGUGCCCCAAGAGCUGGGCGCACAGCUCGAGGAGGAUUGCCUGCAGUCCAGCGCGCUGGUCCAACACUUUGAGCGCAAGCCGCGCUUUGUGGGGCUCAGCUCGCUGCAGCAGAAGCUGACGCGCUCCAACGACUCCAUGGGUCAGCACUCGAGCAGCUCCAACUCAUUGGAGACAAGCACAGAUGAGCCCUCGCCGCUUUACUAUGAAGAGAAGCAGCGCAAGACUGUGGAAAAGUCGCGCAGCUUUCGCCAUCAGCAGCAGCAGCAGCAACAUCAUCAGCAGCAGCAGCAGCAGCAGCUGGACGCAGCCUCGCCGCUCAACAGCAACAUGCCCAGUUUGCCGGACUUGUCCAUUAGCUUUCGACUGCCCGCCAGCUACUACAACAGCAACAGCAGCAGCAGUCCCAGCUCGCCACUCUCGCCACAGGGCAAAUGCGUUAGCCUGGGCUUCGAAAUCAACGACAAUCAGCUGCUGCAGGCGCGCGCUGGCGACAGCAGCAAAGCACUGCAUUCACCGCAACGCGGCAGCAAGCUGCUGCUCAACAGUCCCAGCGCCAACAACAUAACGCAAAUUGAGCAAAACAUUGAUUUGAUUGUCAAAUCGCCGCUGGUCAAUGUGCUGCGUAAAUCGGGCGCGCCAGCCAGCGAGCAGCUGCAGCUGCACCUGGAGACGCCGCCGCCGCCAAAGCGUCCACAGCAGCUGGCGCUAAAGCAAACAACAACUGAGACGCCCAAGGCCAGUCCGCAGUCUAGCAACAGCAACAGCAACAGCAGCAACUGCUCGCCUGAGCAACCAGAGUUCAUGAAGAUCCAGCUCAAUCGCGUGGAUCAGGCGCGUCUGCAUCAGAAGGCGAAUCUAGUGCUAGCCAAGAAUGUCAAGGAGCUGCGCAGCCAGAGCAGCGAUGAUCUCAGUCUGCGGCGUUUGAGCAACGACAGCAGCAGCAGCAUUCACAUUACCGAGCGUGCUCAAGCGCCCAGCAAGUCUAGCAAUGCCACGCCCACCAGCAGCAGCAGCAGCAGCAGCAAUGCCACGCCCACCACAGCACACAGUAUUAGUCUAAGCAGCAGCAGCGAGCGCCUGAGCACGCCAACAACACCCAAAGCGAAGGCGCAGCCGCAGCCAGCGACAGAGUCGUCGAGCAAGCGCGUUUCGCUUGAGGAGCGUAAGCGAUUGUUUCUCGCUCAGGAGCAGCAGCAAGCGAAGCUGAGCGAGCGCAAGUUGCAUGAGCUGCGCUUCGAGCGCAAACAGUCCAUCAACGAGGAGCGCAAGCCAGAGCCAAUUGACACGCCCCCAAGCGUUGAGCACAGCCCAGUCGAGCCCAGCAGUCCUGCUGCUGUAGUGCUGCGCAAAAAGUCAUUUGCCAGCAACAGCAACACCAACAGCAGCAGCUGCAACAACAGCAACAGCUGCAAUAGCAAUGCGAUUGUUGCCACUGCCACGCCCAGUCAUGAAGACGGCACGCCCGAGCUAAUGAAAGUGUUUGCACGCCGCUCGCUUAAAGUCAAAGAUGAUGAUGUUGUUGCCGCAGCAAUUGCCACAGCAGCAGCAGCAGCAACAACGCCGUCGCAUAAAAAGUUGAAUGCUGCUAGUCAAAGCGUUGAUAGCGACAAGGAGAAUCAAUCAAAUAGUGAGGAAAAGCUAGACAAGCUGCCUGCAGUCAGCAACAACAUGAACAGCAGCAGCAGCAGCAAUCACGCCAGCAGCAACAGCAACAACAACAACAACAACAAUCGCAACUCUGUAGCAGACUUUCGUAAUCUCAACAAAAACAACAACAACAACAAUAGCAAAUUGCCGCCCAUAAAGCUCAGCAAUGUGCGCAGCAGCAGCAACAACAGCGGCAAGUCUAACAGCAACAGCAGCAACAACAACAACAACAGCAAGUCUAAGCCUGCAACUGAACGCUUUUCGCUGCAACUGAAGCCAGCAACAGCAGCAGCUGCCACUAACAACAACAACAACAACACAGCUGCAGCAGCAACUGUUGCCGCUGUCACAACAGCAACCACUGGCAGCAGCAGCAAGACCAUCGAGCGCUCUGCCACUGUAGGUGAAUUCAAGGGCAUUCAUCAGCGUCGCGCUGAGUGGGAGCAACGUGUGAAGGAGGCGCUCAAGUAGGACGCUCUCCAUAUCAAAUAUAUACAUUUCUUUAUAUAUAUUAUAUAUAUAUAUGUUUAGUUGUAAUACAGCAUUAAUAUGGAAAAAAAACAAAGUUAAAAAGGCAGAGCGGAGGGGGCGCCCCCCAACCAAAGAAGCGAAUGUUUGCAACAAAUUGUUUAGUUUACCGCCUAGAAAUUUAAUUUUGAACCUUAAAUUUGUGUUUGUGCAAGUCAAA